ACUUUAUUUAAUAAACAAAAAAAAAACCAUUUACAAAAAAUCCAUUUGACAUACACAUAAAUGCUAGAGUAGGUACAGUUUUAAGAGUUCCAUCAGAACCAUUUAAAAAUAACAUUUCUGUCGAAACGUGUUUGUACGUUGAUAUUUGAACUAGACCAUUUCCAGCAGACCUUACUUACUUAAGCAUCUCUUUGUUACAGUUCAGUCAUCGACAUCGAAACUUAACGUCCAGAAAAACAAUUACUACCUGUUAAAAAAGCAGUGGAACCGCAAUGUGCGAGUACGUGUGCUCACGCGCAGUGACCGAAAUCGCCCAAUCACCGCUCGGCUGUUUCCGCGAGACCUGUCAGUGAGACGACAAGAUGGCGGAGAAGGUCAGCUGAUCGGAGACUCGCUCGCGCAGGCCUGGGAGCAAGCGGCGAAGCAAACGCAUUAUGCAGGUGUUCGGGGAGUGGGCUCAAGUGGAGGCGGUGGAGCUGGUUAACGAUGGCUCCGGUCUCGCUUUUGGCAUCGUGGGCGGCCGCUCCUCGGGCGUCGUGGUCAAGAGCGUGUUGCCGGGCGGCGUGGCUGACCGGGACGGUCGUCUCCGUAGCGGCGACAUGCUCCUGCGCAUCGGCGCCGUGUGUGUGGUGGGGAUGUGUGCGCGGCAGGCGGCGGCCGUGCUGCGGCAGUGCGGCGCUUGCGUGCGGCUGCUGGUUGCGCGGCCGGCGAGCAGCGUGGCACAGAGUCUCGGCGCUUCACCCGCGCCCGUGGUUCCAUCUAGACUGCUGACUGACCCAGUCGAGCUGGAACGGAGGUUGGCCGAAGCGGGACACGACGGUUUUGGUGCUCUUUGCGAAGAUGCGGCUCCUGUGUCGCCCCCGCCCACUAUUAUCGAGGAGAGGCUGCAUCAUAGGCCUGUAGCGUCUAUGGUAGCUGUGGUGCCGCGCGGGGCGCUCGCUCCUUCUCCCCGCCCCCCGCCACUUAUCCUGCCCCCGCCGGACCCGCAACCUCCACCUAUGAGGCUGCCGCUCGACAUGGCGAUUCGUGGUACGGGGGAGCCAGAGACCUUGAGCUAUCAAGUGGACCUCAACAAGGACUCUGCGCUCGGCCUGGGCAUCACCGUCGCUGGCUACGUAUGCGAGCAAGAGGAGUUGAGCGGCAUUUUCGUGAAAAGCAUCAGCGAGGGCAGCGCCGCAGAUUUAUGUGGCAGGAUACAGGUCAACGACCGCAUUGUUGAGGUUGAUGGUGUGUCUCUCCACGGAGUGUCCAACCAUCGGGCAGUGGCGUUGUUGCGAGAUGCCAAAGGGCCGGUGGUGCGGUUGAAAGCUUUAAGGUAUCUUCGCGGGGCGGGGUUUGAGAAGCUACAGAAAGCCCUAGCGGCCCAGGAUGGAAGGAGGUCGCCUCUCGCUCCUCCCAGCCCGUCUGUCACCUCCCUUGCCAAGUAUAGUUUUAGUGUGUACGACGAAUCAACAGUGAUAGAAAUCGAGCCAGACUCGGAAGCCCCAGGGCACCCGCCGUCACCCCAAUCGCCGUCGGACGACGCCGAGAUCGUGAUCGGACGAGACGACGAGACCGCCGAGCGGGAGGCGCGUCGGAUACAGGACAAGUGGCGGGACAUACUGCAGAACGAGCAGGACUGGCCGGGGCGGCAGCAUGAGUACGAUAUCAUUGUUGGAACAAUAAUCAAAGAGAAGGAUAGCGGGUUGGGCAUUUCACUUGAGGGCACCGUGAGAGUGGUGGGUGGCAAGGAGGUGCAAGCGAGACACUACAUCAGGGCCAUAGCCCCGAAUGGCCCUGUGGCGAGAUUAGGAUUGUAUAAAGUUGGAGACGAGUUGCUGGAGGUAAACGAGUGGCGGGUACUAGGCGCGCAUCACGUUGAGGUGGUGACACGGUUACGCGCGGUGACGUCGCCGGUUGUGCUGGUCUGUGUGAGGAAGCGGGAUUACGAAAACAAAGAGAAGACUGAGGGCAGUUUUGCUAGGAGCAAGACCCUCGGCGGCAGUCUUCAAGACCUGUUGACGCCUCCGCAACGACUCAUCAAAGCAAAGUCGGAGAGUUCAGUAGCUUCGUUAUGUAGCACUAACACUAUCAUGUCUACGGGGCACGAUCAUGACGAGUUCUGUACGGAAGAACUGGACCGCAACCGUUCCCGUUCACUAGAGCCGCUGAGUGGUCUAGCGAUGUGGAGCGACCGCGUAGAAUACAUUCAACUGCAGAAGGAAGAACGGGGGCUUGGCUUCUCCAUACUUGACUAUUUGGACCCGUCGGAGCCCGGCAGCUCGGUGAUCGUGGUGCGGUCGGUGGUGGCGGGCGGCGCGGCGGCGGCGGACGGCCGCCUGGCGCCGGGCGACCGCCUCGUGUCCGUCAACGCGCAGGACGUCGCUCGCGCCCCCCUCGCGCUCGCCGUGCAGGCCAUCAAGAGUGCACCCAAGGGUAUCGUGACCAUCGGCGUGGCCAAACCUCUGCCCUGCAGCACAGUGGUUGGAGGUCAGAAAGCGAACGGACACAGCAUGCAAGGCAGCCAGGAAUGCAUAAACUCGCUGGCGUCAGACGACCACACCGGGAUGGAUUCCUUUCAUGAAUGCCUCCAAGAAUACGGAGAAGGCCUAGAGGUCGUCCAAAUAUGCCUCGAACCCGAGGACACAUCUAUCAAGGACGAGGAAAUAUCAGCCUUGUGUGAUCUCAGCUUUGAUGAUUGUGUCAAACGAGAUGAUACUUUGAACGAAAACAUUAAAAAUGUAUCAGACAAAGUUAACGGCGUAACUGAGUUGAAAGCAUCAAAAUCUGUCGACUCGUUAGAAGACCCUGAUGACGAUAUGACAAUAAGAGAAGAUGAUGUUUUAAUUACGCCACGAGAACUCCCCGAUAUCAGAACGAAAUUUGUUAAUGACAAACAAUCGGAACGAACUUUGUCUAAACAACAAAGUAAAGAUAUAUCGACAUCAGAUGAAAUGGUUUUUGCAGUGACACCGACAGGCUUAGAAAGAAUUAGUUUUGAAAAAUAUUGGAAAGAAUGUGACACGAAGACUACGUUAGAAAAAGUGAAAAGUGAUGAAAGUUGGAAAGAGUGCUUAAAUUCACCAACAGAAGAAACUUCAAGUUUUUACGACGCUACCACAAGAAUUUCCGUCCAAGAAGAUGGGCAGUCCCUUCUGUUUAUAGACCAUGAAAUUGAUGGCUACGAAACGUGCGUCGAUGACGAUUCUUCGUCCGUUAAGUGUACAGAAAAGAAUGGCCAUAAAAUCAACGGCGAUCGGGAGAUCAAAGUGGAAGAUAAACACGAUAAAACAGAUGCGAGAAACAAAGACAAAGGCGUCGAUGCCAAAAAUAUAGAACAGAACACUCCCAGUAUCUUAGAUGAAGUGUCGUAUAAUCCGUGCAUCCAAGAACAUAUAAUAAAACAAAUGAAAUCCUUAAGAAUUGAACCCUUAAAUAUGAAUAUAAGUCAUAAGAAGAAAAAGAAAAGUCCGACGAAACCUAAACCGUCCAAAACUGUGCAGUGUGUCGAAUACUAUAAUGAUCAAGCCGAAUGUUUAGAAGAAAUAAGACAAAAGAGGAUAAAAGAAGAGGAAACCAUACAUAAAGCAGAGCAAAAGAAGAUUCUGGAUUCGAAUAAAGCUGUAAUGCAGAAAAAACUUCAUUUAAAAAUGCAGGAACCGAGUGAAGAAUCGACAGACUUGGAAACAAGUUACGUUCCAGGGUGCCAUAAGUGUUUUUUAGAGAACUAUGCCUACGCUAUCACGAAAGCGUAUAUAGCGGAGGCCCACGCGUGCAAGUUUUGUGAAGUGAUUCGUGAGAUACUGGAGGUUCCGAAGGAUGUUCCGGAUCGGAGAAUGUCUGCGCCCGCCUUCGUCAGCCUGGAGAGUCCAGGGUCGACGACGGAAGAGGAGGAUCUGUUGAUGGUGCCAAUCGUGAAGGACAGGAGGAAGUCUGCUGGUCCUUUAAAGUUUCUUGUGCCUUCUAGGAGAACAAGUUACGCUCCUCAAUCAGCCAUGACGGUGACGGCGUCGCCGCGGCGAGAAGGACUGGCUGGCCAGCAAUGGGGGCCGCCCCGAAAAGUCACUCUGACUAGAUGCCCCGGUGCUCCUCUAGGAGUCAGCAUCGUUGGAGGGAAGGUUGAUAUUAUUGAUAAUCAAGAUAACGCUGGAGCCGAUGACAAGGCCAUAUUUGGGAUAUUCAUCAAAAAUGUUGUUCCGGAGAGUCCAGCCGGGAAAUGCGGAGAGCUGCAUACCGGUGACCGUAUCCUCGAGGUGGAUGGAGUGUGCGUCAGAAACGCGCAGCACGAGCGAGCGGUGCAGCUCAUCAAAGCAGCUGGUGAUACUGUCACGCUCACUGUUCAGAGUCUACCAACUUGGAAUACCGACUCGUCAGAUGUGGAAGCGGAAGCGUCUCCGCACCCCGCGCGGCGGACGCCAUUGCCUAUCGACGGGACGCCAGAACACGAAAUCAAGAUAACAGUGACAUCAGAGCCGGACAUAGAGAAAGAGUCAGAAGACACCGAGAGGGAGACAGAGAAGUCGACUUCAGAAACCGAACCGACGCCACCGAAGAAGCCUGUUUACUCGGACUCGGAGAGCAGUGAUGAUGAAGAGGAUGAGAGAGAGCUACAGGGACGAACUUACUCGGAUAAAGGGGUUGAGAUCGAUCGAGCAUCAGCCGCCGCGGUCAAACGCAGCAAAGAAGAGAAGGAGGCAGAUAAGGAAGAAGAAGACGACUUCGGCUACACGACAAACAAGAUCCGCAAGAAGUACGCGUCCCUCGGCGACAGCGUGGUUGUGACGAAGCUCGAACGUACGGCGCGGGCGGGGCUGGGGCUCUCGCUGGCCGGGCAUCGGGACCGAAGCCGCAUGGCCGUGUUCGUGUGUGGGCUCAACCCUGCUGGUUCAGCUGCUAAGGCCAGCCCACCAGUCAAGGUCGGCGACGAGAUCUUAGAGGUGAACGGGAUUGUGCUUCACGGUCGAUGUCAUCUCAACGCGUCCGCCAUCAUCAAGGGACUCGUUGGGCCAGUCUUCAAGAUCAUACUUCUAAGGCGGAAGUCGGCGCUAGAAGACGUCGCUGUAAAGCCGCUGACGCAGUUUCCGGUCGCCCUCGAAGAAGAUUCGGAGGACAAAUAUGCUGCUUACAAAGGCGUCCGCGACAUCACCAUCAAAAAGGGUCCCUCGGGCCUGGGCAUUAUGAUCAUCGAGGGCCGGCAUACGGAAGCCGGCCGAGGAAUCUUCGUCUCCGACUUACAAGAGGGCAGCGCUGCCGAACAGGCCGGUCUCCAAAUAGGAGAUAUGAUAUUGGCUGUGAACAGAGAUUCCUUAUUGAGUUGCAGUUACGAUGCAGCGGCGGCAAAAUUGAAGCACACUGAGGGCGUCGUGGUACUCACCGUGUGCAGUCCCAACCAAAAGGAUGACAAGACUGAUGAUGCCAGUGGUUCAGCUGCCAACGCGACGUCACGACCAGCUAGCAGGAACCAAACCCCGGAUGCUGGCAAGGCAGGCGCAUCUCGCCCUACCACGCCGAGGCCAGCACCUUCUCCAGUCAAAGCUGAACCUCCUCCCGACCCUGCGACGUGUCACCCCAUUCCAAAUCAAGACACGGUCAUCGAAAUUAACUCAGCCAACGAGAUUCUAGGCGUCGUCCUACUAGGUGGCAGUGAUACUUUAAUCAAUGGAGCAGCAGCGGUGAUCCUAGAUAUUUAUAAAAAGGGUACUAUAGCGAAGGACGGGCGGUUGAAGGUCGGAGAUCAGAUCGUAGAGUGCAACGGCAUCCACAUCACCAAAGAGAUGACUUACGAACGAAUCGCCAUGAGCAUCAAGCAGCGAGCGCCUAAGAUGAAGCUGACAGUAUUCCGUCCAGACCCCAUCCCCUACACAGAAGUGGAGGUGGAACUGACGCGCAAAGCAGGCAAGACUCUUGGCCUGACUUGCAUCGCACCGGUGGAGGGCGCGGGAGUUUACCUCGGGGAUUUGCUACCUGGCUCCCCCGCGGACCUAGACGGCCGGCUCCAGAAGGGUGACUUUCUCGUCUCCGUGGAUGGCAAGGACGUGUCCAAAGGCGACUACGUGGCGGCGGCUACGGCGCUGAAGCUCUGCUCCAACAAGACCCAGAUCAAAGUCAAGAGGUUCAAGAUUGUUAGAUAAUAAGUUGACAAUGGCGCGGAAUCGCCAUCUAGUUUGUACUUUUAGGUAUUUAACAGGAUGUGAACUAAAGAAACUUAGCGACUGGCUUAUUGGGGUGACAUAUCAUAUGAUUUAAAAAAUCUAUAGAAGUAGUAUGACUUUCCCAUCACGGAACAAUAGCGUUCCGGUCAUUUGGGAGACGUACGCAGAGCCGAAACCAUAGGCCGUAGACGCCUUUUUGAUACUUAAAUGAAACGUAAACCGAGCGGAUGCUGCCUUUGUUCGUGUCAUGAAACCCACGCAGAGACAGCACCCCACAGGAUAAGUACGUUUAAGAGUUGAUGGAAUCUAAAAUUAAUUAGGCUAUUGGUUGAAAGCGAUGGACUAAAUACUGGGCUAUGGGAAAAAACCCUUUGACACUAUUAUUCAUCUAAAUAUCUGAAAGUACAGACUGCAGACUAUGUAAAUGGAAUAGAAAAGGGCGUGUACAGGUAGGGCAAUAUCGUAAUAGUACUGUUGCGUUUAGGCUUUAGGGUUGCCAAAACCGGCGAAGAACACUGGUUGACAUAAUUUUAAUUGUCCUAAAGUUAAUUUAUAAUUUUAUAGCUAUUAACAUACAAAUAAAUUAAUUUAUCAGUAGUAAACCACGCGAAAUUAAUUUUGUAUGGGAGAGCGAACCCUCUUUGAAAUUGGUCGCAUUUUUCCUGAAAAAAAAAAAGGUUUCGUAGACUAUCUUUUGCUUAUUUGUUUUAAUAAGUUAUCUACUUUAUUAAUAAAGUUCACAAGUAAUGUUGCUAUAGUAUUCUAUUAGGACACAUUAUUCAAUUUUGGCAAUCCUUUAGCUCGAUACAUUUUAACAUUAGAAAAAGCAAGGAUGAAAUACUGAGUGGCUGUUUUGAGUGUAACUUCAAAAGUGGAUUGACAAUACGCUGUUUUAAUUAUAUUUUAAAGACCUUUCAAUACUUAUGUCGAUAGUUUGAAACUUAUUGAAGGAAGGUAAGGAAUUAUGUUUUACAAAUACAUUUGUUUUCAGUCAAUUACUACUCGCAUAGCAAUAAAAAAUAAAAAUAAAAUAAAACACAUUUUUAUUGUAUUUUUUCUUUUUUACUGAUUGAUAUGCUGGUACCAAAAGACCUAUGAAAAAAUUGAAAGAAUAAAAAAUCUCAUGCCAGCCCUUAUCAAUUGACCAAUUCAUGUUAGGUAUUAUUGAGUUUACCUAAAGGAUGAUUUCUUUCAAUAGGUUUUAACUAUGAAACCCUCAUCAGAGAUUCUUUAUGACAUAAUUGCUUAUUUAGAUUGAACGUUUUAUUUUUCUGACAAAUCAGGCUUUGAUAGAGCUGUUAUGUAAAAUUGUAAGAACACAGAUAUUUUGAAAGUAAACCGAUAUUUAUCUUACACUUAACAGCUACUAAAUUCUUGCUCAUUUGUGAUACAUUCUGGUUUUCGACAAGUGCUAAAAAAACUUGCUGUAAGCAAACCCCAGUGCAGCAAAUUUUUAACUAUUAGCAGCAUUUAUUUUUACUUAAUAACUCCUUACCAAAUUUUGAACGAAUCGAUAUAAAAAGAUUUAUAAAAUAACCUAUGAGUCUCUAUUAAAAAAUCUAUGAACAACAUAAAAAAACAACCUACUGUUAUCAGUAGGCAGUAAUUAAAUACAUUUAUGCAGUUUUUGUAUAGUUGUGUCUUUGUAUCAUCAAACUUGUUUUUUGUGUAUUCGUAGGUAUAUUAGAGAAUCAGUAUUUUGAGUACAAUUUUGCGAUCUGAGUUAAUCUUAGUUUAAUUCUAAGACAGGCCGAAAUGACCCUUGGUUGUAGCUGCGUCAUUUCAGUAUUAAUAUUUAGAUUUUGUUAUCAACGUUUUAGAUUUAUGAUCCUUUUAAUCAUAGAUGGGACACAAUAGACAUUUAUUCAAACAUAAUUUAUUUACAUCGUGGUAUAAUUGAACAAUUUCUUAUCUACAUAUAAUUUUGAACUAAGUAGGUAUAGCAAUAAAAAUACCCAUCUACGAUUACAAGAAUCAAUUAUUUCAUAGAAAAAUAUCUUAGCUUGUAAAAUAUUCAAAGUACGAAACCUCUAGUCCACGCCUAUGUAGUAAAGUCGAAGCAUUUUCAUAUUAAGUUAUGAGGCAAUAAUUCAUUGCUAGAGUGCUAGAAAAAAUAACAUAUACUUAGCUAUUUAUUAAUACCAAUAUAGUAUGGAAAACAGUAAAGCAACAUUUUGUAAUAUUUUUUUAUUGUAAAAUCCUGUUUUUUGUUAAAAAAGUACAUAAAUGUAAAUCUUUUUAGCUGAAGUCUUGAUAGGCUUACUAGUGUAAUAACUUCUGUAACGAGACAAAUUAUAUGUAAAUGAAGAUAUGUCUCAAUUGCGUAUGGAUAACAUAAAUACUGCAUUUUAUAAGUUACGAUAAUAAAUGAUCCUUUUUAAUCGACUACAUCUAACAUCCCCUCAGCAAUGCAUGGCAAAGGUGGUUCUGGUGUAGUCGAUUUUUCAUCUAAUACUUUGGAUAUUUUUUAUAGAAACUGUGCCAACUCACUUACACAUUAUGUACCUAUAUUCAGGUCACCAUUUUAGCUAUCGCGUGGCAAUUGGUAUGCCUUACCAAGACCGUCAUCGAAGCGCUGCGGAUCGAUUAAAUAUGGCUUUUAUUGAAACUGGUGUUACAAGUUAUAGACCACUAGAAUUAAUAAUAAAUGAUAAAUCGACCGGGAUAUAAACCGUGAUUGCCUUUUAUAUUGUUUUUUAUUUAAGUCUAGUGAAACUAACCGUGAAUUUUUCAAAACUGUUAAGAUAUAGACCUGUCGAUUAUUUAUUUCUCUUUUAUUUUUAUUCUAUAUGAUUAUUUUCAUAUUAGGUUAAUAUUUUUUUCGAAGGACGCAACUUCGUCCGUACGUUACUGUUAUGUUGUCGUGCUGUUUAAUAAUUUCCACACUGGAUAUUAACUGAUUUCUUUGUGAUUAAAAUUUUAAACCCACAUGGAUUUACAAACGAACUCAAAUCUACUUAAAUAUAGGCGACGGGAAUUGUCAAGUGUCGCACUUCGUUGAUGGUCACGAAAGGUCGGUUGUUACCUAUAAUACAAAAUAACCAGUUGAAAAAACUGUAAAAGUUGCGUAGCAUAAUUCUAAAUCAUUGUAAAGUGUAAAAAAUUUCCUAUAAGUGUAGAAUUGAAUUGUAUAUAUAUGAUGCUUCAUGCCGCUGGAGUCGCCUUUCAGAGCUUACCCGUCUGUCAAAACCUCAGCCAAUGGUCACAUGUAUUGUAUGGACAGCCGUUUAUCGGACAUGGCUAUUUAUGCGUUACGUACAAUAAUCGCAUAAAGAGGCAGACUGUUUUGUACAGAAAACUACAGACAAGGCGUCUCCAGUUGUUAAAUUCUGUCCAUCAUAAAUCCAUUAUGAUCACUUAACUUAGUUACUUUGUAUAGAAAUUGUGUUGAAUUUUGUUAGAGAGCUGAAAUAAAAACUACCAUCGUUGUUUUUUCAUCAAUGACAGUCCUAUCUAAGGGGAUGUAUAGAGGGUUUUUAAGGUUUUCACUUUAUCCCACAUAAGUUCCCUAAAUUUUUAAAAUAUUCUAAGAUGGGUAUGAGAUAUCAUAAAUAGUUUAAACACAGUGAAAACAAAAUGAUAGUGCAUCGCAGCGGUCGCAGAAAACAAAAGAAAGAUGGGGUGAGUAAUUUUAAACCUUUAGUGCCACUUACACCAUCCCACUAACCCGGGGUUAACCGGUUUAACCGUUAAUCCAGUGUCAAAUUGUACAGGUAACCAUAGUGACUCCAGGUUUAACUGGUUAACCCCUUGGGUUAGUACGAUGGUGCAAGAGGCCCUAAGAGUUUAAACCUCAUAGUUAAAUAUUAUUAUUUUAAAUAUUUCGUAUAUGUACAUAACGUGACAUAACUAUUUGUAUGGUUGCAUUUAAACUGGAAUUGUGUAGAUCUUUAAUCCUGAUUUUAAAAAAACACGUGACAAGUAAAGAAAACCUUUAUUAAGACAGCCUACUUUUCUGUAUUCACUGUGAUUAAAAUUUUAAUUAUUAUAUUAGCAACUUCUAGUGGAAAAAUACAAAUGGCCUGCUUCUGUAAAAACUAUAUUCUGACAUGUGAUAUCGUUUGAAAAUAGUUAGGGAUAACGUAAAUGCCUGCGAUCCCCAAUGGCACAUUUUAUGUAAAUUUUGGGUUUAGCAAAUUAAUCUUACGAAUUGCACCCGUCGUUUUUAAUGAUAUACUAUAAAGGUACCUUUGUAUUAGAUACUUUCUAUUAAUAUGUAUAAUAUCCACUAAACAAUAAUAACAUUUCAAAGUACUAUUUUUUGUCAAUGGCAUAUUAUGUAGUAAUGAAGAAUGAUACUAACUACUACGACGCCUUAUCACUAGUAUCAAGGUAGACGUCAGAAAAAAACUUGCUAUUUUGUUCAAGCAGGCGUUCUCCUUAAUUUUAUUUUGAAAAUGUUAACGAAACUCAAAACCUGCUAACAAUUGUAAAGUAUUUGCAAUAUUAGUACAAGGCGAUAAUUUAUGAAUUUAGCUGUUUGUGAUAAAAUUUUAAAAUAUUUUAUUCUUAGUCAUAAUGUUCUAAGCGAUCCUAACCAGGCGAAUGGCAGCGUAAGUUUAGGUAUAAUAGGAGUCUCGAGAUAUACCUGUAUCUGCCAUUCGGGAUUUAGAUUUAAGCCUUUGUAAGUAGAAUCCUAAAAUUUCAUCGUAGAUGUUUCUUAUCCUUCAAGUAAAUUAUAUAACAAAGCCUUGUUCAUACUAGUUUAAGUUAAAUAAAUAUAGUUAGUAUAGAUUAUUAGAUCAAAAAGAACAAUACAUUUAUUAUUAGAUGUUUCACUUUUCAGUCAUUUUAGUGGCUGUAAUUUUUAAAUUUAUUAAUGUAUUUCUUACAAUUAUACCGUUGGACUUUUAAAUAUAUACCUAAAUAAUGUACACUGGAAAUUGUAUGAAAUAGUGACUAUGUAAUAAAUUGUGCGCUUUUUUCA